AUGGAGGCACGGCGUCCUUCGCUCUUCCAAGUACUUCAGAGCGGGCCUCUCAAGGUGUCCGUCGUCGGCAGUGGAAACUGGGGGAGUGUCAUUGCCAAGAUUGUUGCCUUGAACGCAAAGAAGUCAUACGUCUUUCAUAAUGAGGUCCGGAUGUGGGUCUACGAGGAAAUUGUCGGCGGAGAGAAGCUUACCGACAUUAUCAAUAAGACGCACGAGAACACAAAGUAUCUGCCGGGCCAUAAACUGCCAGACAACUUGGUCGCUUUGCCAGACGUGGUGGAAGCAUGCAGAGAUUCGGAUCUACUGAUUUUCAUCAUGCCUCACCAAUUUGCCAUGAGGGUCUGCGAGCAGUUGGCAGAAGCAAAAGUCGUCCCGGGGCAUGCGAGGGCCAUCACGUUGCUCAAGGGUCUACACGUUGAAAAUGGUAAACCAACUCUGUUCUCUGAUAUCUUCAAAACAAAGCUUGAUAUCGUCGACUGCUGCGUCCUCUCGGGAGCCAAUGUGGCCAAUGACGUUGCACGUGAAGAGUUUGCGGAGGCGACAAUUGGGUACAGUCCUGAAGAGGCAGACGCUGCCUUGAUCUGGCAACAGCUCUUCGAUACACCAUACUUUAAAGUUAAUGCCUUACCCGAUGUCGCUGGCGUCCAGGUCUGCGGUGCCGUAAAGAAUGUCAUUGCCAUCGCGGCAGGAUUCUGUGAUGGUUUGGGACUCGGCACCAAUGCCAAAACUGCGAUCAUUCGCCUCGGCGUGGAGGAAAUGAAACAGUUUGCUAUGAUAUUCUUCGACAAUAUCAUGGCGGAAACAUUCUUCGACAGUGCGGGAUAUGCAGACGUGAUUACUACUGUCUUCGGAGGACGGAAUGCGCGCUGUGCUGCUGAGUUUUUACGGCGAGGAGGGAAAGCAACGUGGGACCAGAUUGAAGCCGACUUGCUAAAAGGACAGAAGCUGCAGGGCACUUUAACGACCAAAGAGGUCUACGAGGUCAUAAGCACUUACGAAGUAGAACGACUGUUCCCACUCUUUUCCGUCACAUAUGAAAUCGCUUUCAAAGGAAGAGACCCCGACGACCUGAUUCGUGUCUUCAAAACCCCCGAAGUUCGUCAGCACAAAACACUGCAAGAAUGUAAUCAGCUUGUCGUCUCCUCCGUCAUUGCAAAUGCGAAAGAAAAGAUGUUUGGCGAAGGCCUGCCCGUGGAGGGCCGAGAGGUAACUGAAGCGCCUGAGGGUAGCCUUGAAGAUGACGCUGAAGUUAAGAUCGUGCAGCAACAAGUUAAGCUGCAACAGCAGCUCCAACAUCUUCAGCAUCAGCAACAGCAAAUGCAACAGCAGCUGCACAUUAUUCACAAUAACAAUGGAUCUCUAGGCCACCGAGAGUGCCAGUCGCCUCGGCAGUUGACUGUCCACCUUUCUCACCUUACGCCCUCGCAAAGAAUGCAAGUCCACCGACUGCAACAGCAACUCCAGUAUAGGCAAAUUCACAAAUGCCACGAUCGGGCACCCCCUACACCAAUGAGCCACCCAGAACUUGGACGAAACUCCUUGUGA